AUGGCCGAAAUGGCCAAAGCUCCCGUAACCAGCGAUGAAGCCGACCAGCAAAUAUACGACCUCGCGCAAGAUUGCGAACGGCUUUUUGGAGAGCUGCUAUCGGCGCUCUCAGUCACUAGCGAUAAGCAAUACCGGGUUGUUCUAGAACAUCAGCAGCGAUUUGAAAGUUGGGCCAGUUUUUUGGGUGUUUUCGCUGCCUAUCAGACGUCUCUCGACAGUCGCUUGAAAACAACUCCUGAUAUUCGCGACCUCGUCGUUCAGUUGCUCGAGGUAUUGAAGAGGAAUGUUCUAUAUGGCCUAAACUCCGAGGCCUUAAGGCCGAGUCGACAAGCUGAGGCAACGCAAGCCUUCCUCAAUGGUAUCAGCGGCUCAAUAAGCCGACUCCAUCGCCUCGGAAUUGCCAUCCGAAAGGCCUCCCCGGUUAGGGAACUCGCGCGGAAGACCGGCGAUGAUUAUGCUUUUUUUGAGCGUGUGGUUGUUCUACUGUUGAGAGGGCUCUACCCUGAUAUCAGCGAUCCUUUUCUCAAUCAGCUAGCUCAGUCGGUUUCAUUUAGGACACAGCGGCUCCUUUAUCAACAGAAACAUCAGAAGAAACCGAAAACUCAGCGGCGAGCUCAUCCUGCGGAGAGCAGUCCUCCAAACUUGAGGCCAGCUCGAAAUGAUGAGACCAAAUCUGAAGUUGCUCCGUUCGUGGCGUUACCAGCUCAGCAGGAGUUCAGCGACAUUCGUUCUUCUGACUUGCAUACAACCGAAGUCUCGGCUGCGACACAUCCGUCAACCCUUGUUCCCGAAAAUUUUGGAUUACACACAACUAAAACUGAAGACGAGGAGGUGAUAUCUGGUCCGCCAACAGUAUCAUCGAUCUCUGAUGCGAAUCCGUAUCCACCUCCUCCUAAGGUCAGCCCUGGCGCAAACCACACCAAUUGCGACUGGUGUUCUCAAGAACUUCAAGUCCCAGAUGGAGAAACUGGUUGGAGGUACAAGUGGAGGUCUCAUUUUAAAAAGGACCUUGAGCCAUACGUCUGUAUAUCGGAGGAGUGCGCCAAUGAGCUUGUGUAUUUUUCAUCUCUACGGGCCUGGCGCAAGCACAUGGACUCAUUCCACACUGUAAACUGGGCACGAGAUAUUCAUAAACCAUCGAUCUGGUACUGCGAUUUGGAACAUGAGUACCAGGAAUUUCUUGAUGCGAAAGCACUUCGGGUCCAUCUAUUUCAGGAUCAUGAAGAUAAAGUCACCCCGGAUAGGGUGGAUACGAUAGUCAGACGACAAGUCCUGUUAAUAUCUCGAGGAUCUAAUACCUGUCCUCUAUGCGCACUUGACAUUUCGGCUGUUGAUCCAGAUUCUAGCCAAGCCAAUUCAUCAGCGACCCAUCCUGACUCCCCAGGGCGGACGUCACAACGAGGACAAGCAAAGAAAGUUGCAAUUCGAACUGCCGAGUGCGGAAGCAGCUCUGACGAAGAGCAUUUAGCCGAUGCAGACGUUCCUGCCCCCGAAGCAGAUGACUCCGUGAUACCCGAAGAAAACCUAGAUCGUGUCAACUCCACGAAACUGGCAACCCACGUCGCGGGUCAUUUGAAGUCGCUUGCUUUCAUAUCUUUACGGUAUUUUGGCGACAAUUCUGACUCCAUUCAAAGCGAACGAGGAGGCAUCGGCGAAGAGUGUUCUAACCAAGAACGGCCUGGCGAUCACUAUUUUGAACUCGAUAGCUCUUUAUCGUUUGAAGAUGUUGUGCCUGACGAAAGGGUCCUAUUCGACGAAAUAACGUGGCGCGAUAAAAAUUUCAAGCCCUCUAUAAAGGGUACGGAUCCCGGUUUCUAUAGGAACGCCUCAAGUCGUGAUGACAAAAAAGUUCAUUUUGAGGCCGGCCUUGGGCGCUUCCGAUAUUUCCGUCAAGCGGAAAGGGCGUCGGCGCUCAGCUCCAGUGCUCCACUAGCACGCGAGUUGGACGACGACUAUGAUGUGAAUAGUUUUCGAUCUUCCUUUCGGAUUGUUCCAGUCAAUUUCUCCAAUGGGACCACGAAUGUCAAUAAUAUAAACAAAGUCCAAUUUUCUGGAGUCGAAUUGUCCGAGGAUAUGGAAACACUAGUUGGCACUGUCGCUGCUGCCGAUGGCGUCUUUCCAACAUAUGUUGUGGUAAGAUUUACGUUCGAUUCUUGGUAUAAAGUAUCCGAGGUGCCAGCUAGCCCCCCCCUCGAUCUUAACAAGGGGAGUGAGCAUGGGUAUUACGAAUAUAAGUUUAAAAUCAAACUUAAUGAUAUACCCAAUCUGAGGGGCCGAGCUCUUUUAUUCUGCCUCAGAUAUGGUCUUGAAAAUCGAGAAUACUGGGAUAAUAACUCGUCACUCAACUACAAAGUCUGUUUCGAAAGCUUUUCAGUUGUCACCACAGAACAUCCUUCGCUACUAAGAGGACGCCCGCGACCAAGCUCAGUGCCGAUCAUCGAUGAUAGUCUUAAUCCUGGCGAAACGCCGCCGACUUAUUUUAGUCCGGGGCUUGACAAUCUUUUUCGAAGGCGUUUUGGGGGGCUACCUAAAAAUGAAUACAAAUUUAGCGAUGUGGGGGACGACGGUGAUAGGAAUACUAAAGAAAAUAAUCAGGAGAUAUAUGGAAUAGCUUCUGACGUUAAAUUUGUUCAGUAG